CCGCUAGGACACGCCCCCUUGUCAUUUGUUUACGUCUCGACAAGACCGCUUAUGCAUUACAGAAGAAGAAGGGAACGGUGUAACGAAAUCCACACAAUUAAACAGACAAAAUGAAUCCAGUACCCCAGCUAGGUGGUGCUGAUAGAGGACCUGUUUCUCGGGUGGAACUUCGCAUAGAGUGUAAAGCCCUAAAGAAAAAGGAUGAGUUUUCCAAGUCCGAUCCAUGUGCAGCUCUGUACAUGCUAAAUAGAAAGGGGCAGAAUUGGGAGGAAAUUGGAAGAACAGAGUUAAUAAAGAACUGUCACGACCCAAAAUUUACACGGGCUUUCAGAGUGGACUACUUCUUUGAGGAAGUGCAGAAAGUGAAAGUAGAAGUGUAUGAUCUGGAUAACGAAACAGCAACACUUGAGGAUGAUGAUUUUUUGGGCAAAAUUGAAUGUAAUUUAGGGGAGAUAGUUUCCAGGAAUCCCUACUCAGGGCCUCUUUUGAAGAAGGAUGGGAAACCCAUGGGAGGAUCCACAAUUUCUAUUAGAUCAGAAGAGGUUAAGGAAGGAGGAGAGAUGGUUCACAUGAAGUUCAGUGCCACCAAACUGGACAACAAGGAUUUUUUGGGGAAGUCUGAUCCUUAUCUGGAAAUCUCAAAGAAGGCAUCUGGAUCUUGGCAGGUUGUUCACAGGACAGAGGUGAUCAAGAAUACAUUAAAUCCUGUAUGGCGGCCAUUUACUCUUUCUGUCCAUGCUAUGUGUGGUGGAAACAAGUCAGAAGAUAUCAAGUUUGAUUGCUAUGAUUACGACAGUGAUGGGUCACAUGAUUUUAUUGGAACAUUCACAACUACAUUGGCAGAUAUGGAGUCUAACACACAAGGAGGGAAGGAGGCCAGUUACCCUUGUAUUAAUCCAAAGAAACAGUCCAAAAAGAAGUACCAGAACUCAGGAGUUAUACACCUUACUGAACUUAAGAUUUUCAAGAGACCAUCAUUCCUGGAAUUUGUUUAUGGGGGAAUGCAGAUAAACUUCACAGUGGGAAUUGAUUUCACUGGAUCAAAUGGAAACCCAAGUAGCCCUAAUUCUUUACAUUAUAUUAAUCCCUACCAACCUAAUGAAUACAUGCAAGCUAUACAGGCCGUGGGCAAUGUCUGCCAGGAUUAUGAUACGGAUAAAUUGUUUCCUGCCCUAGGAUUUGGUGCUAAACUUCCUGAUGGAACUGUUUCCAUGGAGUUUGCCAUCAAUUUCAACCCCAGCAACCCAUACUGUGCAGGGAUUGGUGGUGUCCUUGAAGCCUACAAAGCAUGCAUACAGAGGGUGGCCCUCUAUGGACCCACUAAUGUAGCCCCCAUCAUAUACCAUGUGGCCAGGUUUGCUGAGCAGGCACAGAGGGAGGAAGGCACAAAAGGGGCACAUGCCUAUUUUAUCCUACUCCUGUUAACAGAUGGUAUAAUCACUGAUAUGGACAAGACUAGAGAUGCCAUUGUUUAUGCCUCAGGCCUGCCUAUGUCCCUCAUCAUUGUGGGGGUAGGGGAUGCAGACUUUACUGAUAUGAACUUUCUAGAUGGGGAUGAUGGAGUUCUAAAGGGGGCCAAUGGCAAACCAGCCUUGAGGGAUAUCGUUCAGUUUGUGCCUUUCAGAGACUUCAGGAUGUCUGCUAGUGCUGAGUUGGCACGCAAUGUUUUGGCAGAGGUUCCACAGCAAGUGGUGCAGUACUAUGAAAUGAGGAAGAUUCCUCCCAAACCAAGACCAGCCCAAACACAGACUUAAAAAUAACAACGUCUGCAGGAUCUAAAUGAGACAUAAUGAGUGCUUAUAUAAAACCAGCACAUCACUUGUGUAAUAUUUUAAUGGUGCUAACGUGGUGUGGCUCUGUAAGUUAUUAAUGAAUUUAAUUGCAUAAGUUAAAUUUUCUCUUAAAGGUUUUUAGUAAUACAAUUUAGAUACAUUACAUUUAGGUAUGUAAUUUUGUUUGUCAGGGUGCCCAAUUUAUGCAUUAUUUGUAAACAGGGAUGCCUUUUUUUUUUAAAUCUGCAUUUCUCUGUAAGCAUAAUAAAUAAAUAUGGUCUGUUCGAUGCUUUGUAAAUUGAAAUCUUUUUGUUGAAAACUUUUUCAAAUGACAUGUACAUUUCAGUGUUCCUCAGAAAAAAGAUCUAGUGUAGAUAUAUGUAUUGGUAUGUGUCAAUUAUUAUAACCUUUUUUUUAGUGUGUAAAUUAAUAUUUAUUAGUUUAUUAGUCUUGGUGCCUGUGUGUGUGUGUAAGAGAGAGAGAGAAGGGGGGGGGGUCUGAAUUUGUACCUCAUUUUCAAAUUUAAGAUUUCCUGCAUUUUGAGGCUUCUUAUUUCUCUCUUUUCUAUUCAAUACUUUUUAUUAUAAGUCUGUAUUUACAUAUAACUGCUGUUGCAAAUUGUAUUUACAUAAAAAUUAAAUAUAAUGAAAGGUAA